ACAUUUAUGCAACAAUGUCUUCAGCUGAGUGCUUGAGAGUGUUUGUCAACGAGCGACUCUCUGCUGCCGCUGAAGAAAUCUUCGGAGUUUUUCAGAAAAGUAUUUUUAAUUACGAGGAAGGGAUCAGUAGGCAGGGCAGACUGCUGGAUGUCGUUUGGAAACCGGAAAAACAUAAGUAUUUCCAGCGAUGCUUGUACUAAAGAACUAUAAUGUCUUCAGUAGAAUGUAUUCUGUUCUCUGUCCCUCCAGAUCUCCCACAGCAUCAUGUCUGUAAGGAGGAAGAGGUUCCCGCUGAGCAGCAGCUCUGUAUUCAAGAGAGGAACUCCAGUCCGCACCAAGAGAACCCAGAGCCUCCACAGAUUAAACAGGAGCAGGAGGAGCUGUGCCUCAGUCAGGAGGGAGAGCAGCUUGGACUGAAGCAGGAGACUGAUGCCUGCAUUAUGACUCCUACUGAUGAGGAAAGUGUACACCAGCUCCUCUCUCACAACUCUCAUGUAGCUGAGAACCAAGAUCAGAAAAGAUGUGAUCAAGACUCAGGAUCAAAUAGACAGCCAGAGCCAAAUCAACAGGAUCAACAUUGCAGUCACAGUAAUAAUGUGCUAAAAAAUAACACUUGUGAAAAUGAUUUACAAAAUAAGUCAUCACUGGACACACACCUGAGUAUCCACACAGAAAAGAGCCCCUUUGUAUGCAGUACAUGUGGAAAAAAAUUCCAGUUCAAUAGUUACCUCACAUACCACAUGAAAAUCCACUCAGAAGAGAAGCCGUUUACAUGCAAAACAUGUGGGAAAAAAAUUCGAUAUGAAAGUCACCUGAGAAACCACAUGAGAACACACACAGGGGAGAAGCCAUAUUCAUGCAUCACCUGUGGGAAAAGCUACAGUCGUCAAACUCUAUUAAAAAAUCAUAGUAGAAUCCACACAGCUGACACAACAUAUCCUUGCCUCAUAUGUGGGAAACUAUUUGCCCUAGAAUCAGUAUUGAUCGGUCAUUUAAGAAUCCACACAGGUGAGAAGCCGUUUGUAUGCAAAACAUGUGGAAAAGUUUUCCGUUAUGGAUCUCACUUGGCAGUUCACAGGAGGACCCACACAGGGGAGAGGCCGUUUGUAUGUAAAACAUGUGGUAAAGAUUUUAUAACUAAUAGUAAAUUAAAACAACACAUUAAGAUGCACACAGGAUCAGGAGGAACUCUGCAACUUGAAUUAAUGACACUGUGUAUUGAUUAUACAGGAGAGUGAGAGGAGGGGCAAUAGCUAAGAAGGAUUAACUGAAACUAAAGGGCCAUAUAGAAAAUUCUAUAUCAUAAGCAACUGAGGAAUUGAACAAGAAUGACCAGAAAAUAAGGAGGCUUAAGAAUGUUCAUGCCAGACUGGUUUGUUUC